UCAUAGCAACAUUGAGAGCUCAGUGAAGUUCCUGCAGUAGUUGAAGUCCUGGUCUAGAACACAAUGAAUUCCAUGCGAGUGCUUAGCCUUUUGGCUUGUCUGGCUGUUGCAGCCAUGGCUGGCCCCACCACCCGGAUGGGCGACAAUAGCGUCAACCAGGCGCUGAAGCCAUCCCAGUGGCUGUCCGUGCAGCAGUUGGAAUCGAUUCCCGCUGUGGACGAGCUGACGCUGGAGCGCUUGGAGAACAUGUCCCUGGAGAAGGGCGCUGAGCUGUUGCAGCAAGUGUAUCACUUGUCGCAGAUCAACCACGAUGUGGAGCCCAACUUUGUGCCCAGCAACGUUCAGGCCUAUGUGCCCAAGCCCAAUGGUGAGAAGAUUGUUGCACCCAUGACCGAGAUGAUCAACCGUUUGAAGCAGAAGCAGAACUUCGGACAGGAUGAGGUGACCAUCAUCGUCACUGGCCUGCCCCAGACCAGCGAGCCCGUGAAGAAGGCCAACCGCAAGCUCAUCCAGGCCUACAUGCAGCGUUACAACCAGCAACAGCAGCAGCAAGAGGCCCAGAAAUACAACCGCGACUUCGAGGAGAGCAACAAGAAUCAGCGCACAUCCAGCGAGGAGGACUACAGCGAGCAGGCCAAGAACGCCAACACCAACACCGGCGACAUCAUUGUGAUUGACUUGGGCUCCACCUUGACCAACUACAAGCGCUACGCCAUGCUGGACAUUGAGAAGACCGGCGCCAAGCUCGGCAAAUGGAUUGCUCAGCUGACCAACGAGCUGCAAUUGCCCUAUGAGACCAUCCAUUUGAUUGGCCAGAAUGUUGGCGCUCAUGUUGCCGGCGCUGCUGCCAACGAGUUCACCCGCCUGACUGGCCAAAAGCUGCGCCGCGUCACCGGCCUGGACCCCAGCCACAUUGUUGCCAAGAACCGUAACACCCUAACCGGUCUGGCUCGCGGCGAUGCCGAGUUCGUUGAUGCCAUCCACACGUCCGUCUACGGCAUGGGCACACCCAUCCGCAGCGGCGAUGUUGACUUCUAUCCCAAUGGCCCGGCCACCGGUGUUCCCGGCGCCGAGAACGUUGUGGAGGCCUCGAUGCGCGCCACCCGCUACUUCGCCGAGUCCGUUCGCCCAGGUUACGAGCGUAGCUUCCCCGCGGUGCCCGCCAACUCCCUCAAGCAGUACAAGCAGAACGAUGGCUUCGGCAAGCGCGCCUACAUGGGCAUCGAUGCUGCCUACGACAUUGAGGGCGACUACAUCCUCCAGGUGAACCCCAAGAGCCCCUUCGGCCGCAACGCACCCGCCCAGAAGCAGAACAGCUACCACGGCGUGCACACCUCCUGGGAGAGCAACAAGGACUUCUAAACGCCCAACCGACACCAUCCCCGACAAGGCAAUUAGCAAACAAAGCAACCGCUUCUGAUGUUGCGCUUAGAGUUAAGGAACCAACAAUUGGCAAUUUCUCUCACUAAAUACUUUAAAAGCUAAAUUUAUGGCAAUUAAACAAGCAGACUCCAUUCAAAAGA